AUGGGGGUUCCAGACCCCAAACCCAACCUGUUCCUAACGUGGCUCUGCUGUCCCCUUGCAGAGAAGACGGGGAAGGUGCUGGGCGAGUUCUGCCGGUGCUACAAGGAGCAGUUUGGAGUAGCUCUCUUCAACAGCGUCCGCUAUGAGAUCGAGGGCACCGGGGGCCCGCAGGCCCAGCUGCUGCACCGCAAGGUUCCACUGGAGGACCACGUCAUCUACUCAGGCAACAUCUUCCAGUACAUCGAGGAGAACAAGAAGUGGAGGAACCGCUUCUGCAUGGUGCCACACAACUACGGGCUGGUCCUCUAUGAGAACAAGCUGGCCUAUGAGCGGCAGCUGCCACCCCGGGUGCUGAUCAACAGUGCUGGCUACAAGAUCCUCACCUCUGUGGAGCAGUACCUGGAGCUGGUCAACAACAGCCUGCCUGGUGUGACACCGAAAUCUGGGCACUCGUCCAUCCUGAAGUGCCCCACGGAUUUCCCGCUGAUCCUGUGGCACCCCUAUGCCCGGCACUAUUAUUUCUGUGUGAUGACGGGCAAGGAGCAGGAGAAGUGGCGGGCGGUGUUCCAGGACUGCGUGAGGCACUGCAACAACGGGAUCUCCGAGGAUUCCAAGGUGGAGGCUCCAGCCUUCACGGACGCCAUCCGCAUGUACCGGCAGUCCAAGGAGCAGUACGGCACCUGGGACAUGCUCUGCGGGAACGAGACCCAGGUCCUGAGCAACCUGGUGAUGGAGGAGCUGCUCCCCGAGCUCAGGAGCACCAUCGCGCCCCGGCUGAAGGGCAAAGCCCCGGAGCGGCAGCGGACCUGGAUCCAGGUGUCGGAUGCUGUCUAUAGGAUGGUCUAUGAGCUGGCCAAGGAGCAGUACGACGCAGCAGUGGCCAGGUGUGAGCAGGAGCGGCCGCAGCUGGAGAGCACCAUCCGCACGGACAUGGACCAGAUCAUCACCUCCAAGGAGCACCUGGCCAGCAAGAUCCGAGCCUUUGUCCUGCCCAAGGCGGAGGUCUGUGUCCGUAACCACGUCCAGCCCUACAUCUCCUCCAUCCUGGAGGCCCUGAUGACCCCCACGAGCCAGGGCUUCGCUGAAGUGCGGGAGGUGUUCUUCAAGGAGGUGACUGACAUGAACAUGAACGUUGUCAACGAGGGAGGCCUGGAGAAGCUGGUGGAGUACAUGGAGAAGCUCUCCCACCUGGCCUUCCACCCCGUGAAGAUGCAGUCGUGCUAUGAGAAGAUGGACCAGCUGAAACUGGAGGGUCUUCAGCAGCGAUUCGAUGUCUCCAGCACGUCCGUCUUUAAGCAGAGGGCCCAGAUCCACAUGAGACAGCAAAUGGACGAUGCCGUGCACACCUUCGAGACCCUGCUGCACCAGGAGCUGGGGAAGCUGCAGGGCAAGGACGACCUGUGCAAAUCCAUCCAGCGCAUCCUCGAGAGGGUGCUCAAGAAAUUUGACUAUGACAGCAGCACUGUGAGGAAGAAGUUCUUCAGAGAGGCCCUGCUGCAGAUCACCAUCCCCUUCCUGCUGAGAAAGCUGGCCCCCACCUGCAAGGGGGAAUUAGCCAAGUUUCAGGAGCUGAUCUUCGAGGACUUUGCCAGCUUCAUCCUGGUGGAGAACACCUACGAGGAGGUGGUGCUGCAGUCGGUGAUGAAAGACAUCAUGCAAGCUGUGAAGGAGGCGGCCGUGCAGCGGAAGCACAACCUGUACAGGGACAGCAUGGUGAUGCACAACAGCGAUCCCAACCUGCACCUGCUGGGAGAGGGCCUGCCCAUCGACUGGAGUGAGGAGUACAGCGGGCAGCCCGAGGCCGAGCCGGCGGCCGAGCGGCGCCGCAGGGCCAAGCAGGUGGUGUCGGUCAUCCAGGACGACGAGGGGGCCCUGCCCUAUGGGGCUGAGGCUCUGCUGCAGCCCGGCUCCCCCGAGCCUCAGGAGCCAGAGGAGGCACAUCCCGGGGUGCCCCCGAGCCCCCCGGAUGCGGUGAAGGAGAUCCGGGAGGCGCUGGCACAGGAGAGCCUCGGGGAUGGUGCCGGGGUGGAGGAGCGGCUGGUGAAUGGCACCGACGCCGGCGGUGCCAGCGAGGAGGGGCUGCUGCUGGCAGGGGCUGCCCAAGGGGAUGUCACACAGCAAGGUCCAGCCUGUGAUGGGGAUGGGGUGCGCUGUGUGGCAUCGUCACCUGUCCCUGGAGCUGAGAUCCCAUCAGGGACUGGGAGAGAACGUGCCACACCAGCAUCGUCACCUGGCCCUGGAGCCGAGGUCCCGUCAGGAGCUGGGACGCGCCGGGCUGCACCGGCCCCGCCUGUGCGGGGAGCUGAGGUGUCAUCGGGGGGGCAGUGUGCCACACCAGCAUCGUCACCUGGCCCUGCAGCCGAGGUCCCAUCAGGGACUGCGAGACAACGUCCUGAACCAGCAUCACCUGUGCCCAGAGCUGAUGUCCCAUCAGAGGCUGAGGUGCCACACGCCGCACCGAGAUCAUCCGUGCCAGCAUCCCCCGUGCCCAGAGCUGACUCCCCGUCGGUGUCCAGCGUGCCACACGCCACAGCAGCACCAGCCAGCCCCCCAGCCGAUGUCCCAGCAGAGGCCAAGGUGCCCCAAGUCACAGCAGCACCACCCGGAGCCCAGAGCCUGUCACCAGGGUGGCACCAGCGCAGCGAGAUGGAGAUGGGCGAGCACGGGGAGCACAGCCCCCCACAGCCCAGGGCCACCAUGGAGAGCGGUGAGGGGGUGCAGACUGAGUUCUAGCCCCAGCCCCCUGCCACGGACUGGCCCCAGUGACGCUGGGGCUGGGGGAGGGGGAUAGGACCCCCGGGAUGGAGAGCGGCACCGUGGGAGAGGGAGGGGAUGGGGACACCGAGACCUUGCUGCCUGACGGGGGCCAGGCCCACAGCCCCUACUGGGUCAGACUAGGGGUGGCCCCAGUCUGGCAUGGGGCAUCCCCUGCGCUCUGCUCUGUCCUUCUUCUGCCUUACUUUCUUUCCUACUGAGGAGAUGCUUUACUGAAGAGCUUUAUCUGCCCCCCACACCAGUGCCUGGGGCUGCCGGGGGGGCUGGCACUGGCCCUGCUCAGGGUGGGUGUGUGGGAUGGGACCCUCCUGGCUGUCCCCGGGGGUGUCCCUGCCCCAACCCAGGCGUUUCCUGCCCACUGCCACCCCCCCGGCCGGCUCCGGGAGCGCCAGUGGGAGCAGGGGCUGCAGGGGGUGAUGGAAACCAGGGUGGCAAACGGGGACACGACAGGGACAGCAACGCCGCGGGGCCUGAGCCACUGCUGAGGGGGAGAGUGCUGGGACAGGCGUGAGCCCCAGGCCAGGCUCAGAGCAUCCAGGCUGGGCUCAGAGCAUCCAGGCCGGGCUCAGAGCAUCCAGGCCGGGAUCAGAACAUCCAGAGCCCACCCCAGCCAUCCUCACCCCAGGGUGUUUGAGGAGAUAUUUUAAGUUCAGAGUUAAAUCUCUGGGGGAAGGUGGCACUCAUGCUGUGUCCCAGCAGUGCGUGGCAGGACUGGGGUAAUUCCAGGUUCAGCUCGCUGUGCAGAGGAGAGAUCCCAGCCCCUGCCCUCCAGAUCUCAGCACCUGCUGAUGGUUUCUCCAGCUUUGCAGGUUUUGGCACCUGCUGUGAUGGCUCAGCAAAGAGCAGGGCUUUGCUGAGCCCCCAUCUGUCACAGGGAUGGGACAGGACUGCUGCAGCCCCCACACAGCGAUGCCAAAAGCCCUGGAGGUGCUGGGGGUCUGCAGGACUCCUGGGUGGGACACCUGGAGCAGGGACCAGCACCCCGACACCCACCUGUGCUUAGGUGCCACCGUUCCUGCCCCAGAAGGGGGGUGCCCAGCCUAACCCACUCGGGGGGGCCCCCAAAGUGCCUUGGGAGGCCCCCCUCAAAGUGCCUUUCUCUGUGAACUUCAAACCUGUCUCUUCCAGGAUAUUUUAUUAAGAAAGUUAUACAAAUGUUUAAAGAUAUGCUUAUAAUAAUUAAUAAAAUGGAAAAGCUUUAUUUAAA